UUGAUCCGUUUUGUAACAAAAUACAAUGAACAAUACGAACGAAUUUAAUCGUUAUUUAACGAUAUUUAAAAUUUAGGUAGCAGCGUUAUAUGGAAGCACUGCAGUUGAAAUAUAAUUUAAUUUUAAGAAGGUUUUUAAAUAUUAACACCUAAAAUGGACAACGAAAAUAAUACAAAACCGGAGUUUGUGUCAGUAGGCAUGGAAGGUGUCUUUAUCAAAUAUGAACCUACAGAAUACGAAUCAGUAGACGAGGAGAAUUUGUUCAACAAAGAGAGCAAUGAUCUUCCAAAAAAUAAAGCAGCUUAUUCAGCAGCAAGCAAGUUUGAAACCCACGUUAAUUCACACUCAAAUACCGAGCCUUUCGAGUGUGACAUUUGUAAAAAAACAUUCAAAAAUCGUCAUAAUGUAAGAAAACAUAUACAUGACCAUAUAGAAAGUGGAGGAUCUCACAAGUGUCCAGUUUGUGCCGAAAGUUUCCAGAAUCCCCUCAGCUUAAGAAUACACAUGCGCCUUCAUUUAGAAAAUUACGAUAACGAAUGUGUCGUUUGCCACAAGAGAUUUUCAACAACAAGCAAUUUAGUGCGGCACAUGUUCAGCCACGGGGAAAAAUCUUUUCAGUGUGACAUUUGUUCCAAAGGUUUUUUGAAACCGGAUGCUUUGGCAAAUCAUAAAAGGAUCCACUUGGACGAAGAGGAACGUAAACUGCUCUAUAAGUGUAAAUUGUGUGAUAAGGGCUUCAUUAAGAAAUAUAAGCUUGUUCAACACAUGCUUUGUCACAGCAGAGAAAAACCUGUUGAGUGUGAAAUUUGUAAAAAAAUAUUCAAAUAUAGAACAUGUCUGUCAAAGCACAAACGACUUCAUCCGGGCCAGAAAGAGGCACAAAGUGAAGACAAUCAUUCUGAUCAAAUUUCAAGAGAUGAAAAACAAAAAGUGGAUUUUGUUCUCAUUGGAAUUAAGAGUGAAAUAGCAGAUGAAGAUAGAAAUUUAGAUUCCCGAAAGGAAUACGUAGUGAGUUCAAGUGGAAACUCGAAGUUAUUUUCUGUCGAAAAGAAACCUUGUGAUAUAUUAAAUUUAAAUUCUGAAAUCGAAUUUCAAGAUGUGAAGAUAGAAAAAUAAGUGGAAGAAUAAGCAAUGAAUCGAGAAGUAUAUUUUAGUAUUUGGACAAAAUUCGCAUCAAAUCUUUGACUAAUAGUUUAUUAUUUUUAAAUACAUAGAAAUCCAAUUGAUAUUUUUGUAAUUUUGUAUAUAUUGAAUCUGUUAUG